AUGGCGACCAUAGAACAGUUAGGAUAUAGUGCAUUUUUUAUCGCGUUAACCUGCAUUUUUGCGAUCGUGGCGCGUAGACUAAACGAACGCAUGUCGAAAGAUGGGCUGGUGAAGGAUUUAAUCUUCGAAGCGAUCGCAGCGGCAGAACUGUGCGGAUGUUGCUUCGAGCUGAUAAUCGUGGCGGACAACUUCGGCGUCGCGACGUACGCCGUGUUCCUGUUCACGCUCACCAUUUGGUGGGGCCGUAACUGGGGCUCGGCAACGGCCUGUCCCUACACCUAUAUGGAACAAAUAGUCGAAGGCGAAGUGAGCUUCAAGGAGGCUGCCCUCAAAAUAUGGGCCCAGCUUAUGGGUGGCUGCUGUAUAUUCCGCUACGUGCAGCUUUACUGGUGGCUGGAGCUGGCAGAAACACACGAAGGCCGUGCCUUUGAGGACUGCAAAGCGGAUCUUCAGGUCAACCUAUACCUUGGUGCGUUUAUUGAAGGAUUCGCCACGCUCUGUUGCCGGCUUGCGUCGAAGGUGAUCUCCGAGAAGGAUGCCCGGUUUGGCGCGUUCAUCGAUUCGUUCAUCGGUACCAGCCUAGUGGUUGCCGCAUUCAACUACUCGGGCGGGUACUUUAAUCCGGUGCUGGCGACCGCACUGAAGUGGGGCUGUGCUGGUAAUUCGGCCCUGGAGCACAUCAUCGUGUACUGGAUUGGAUCGUGUGUUGGGGCUGUACUUUCGGUACCACUGUUCAAAACGGCCACCUUCCGAAAUAUGUUCCUGGCGGAGAAGACUAAGAGCGAAUAG